UUUAACAUGGCACUGUCAAAUCUUAUAGUGGCCAUUUGGUUCAUGGUAAUAAAGAGUUUCAGAAGCCGUAUGCAAGCAUGUUCUUUGUUUGGUUCAUACUGUGUUGUUAUGCUUUGGAUAUUGGCACUGCCACAGACACUAUCAACUCAUCUCAGUUCAUCAAGGACAAUGAAACUAUAACCUCCGCUGGUGGCAACUUCACCUUGGGGUUCUUCACCCCUCAAAAUUCUACCAAUCGUUAUGUGGGAAUUUGGUGGCAAACCAAAUCCACUGUCAUAUGGGUGGCUAACAGGAACCAACCACUGAAUGAUUCUUCUGGAGUUGUUACCAUAUCUGAAGAUGGCAAUCUUGUGGUGUUGAAUGGUCAGAAUCAAGUGAUUUGGUCAACUAAUGUGUCCACAACAUCAUCCAAUACAAGUGCCCAGCUUUCAGAUUCUGGUAAGCUAGUUCUGGCUGAAACCACAAGGGGAACAUUGUGGGACAGUUUUCAGCAACCUUCAAAUACGUUAAUGCCCGGAAUGAAAACUUUAACCAAUGCACAAACAGGUAGGAAAGUAGAACUUACAGCAUGGAAAAGCCCUUCUAAUCCCUCCGUUGGGAGCUUCUCUGCUAGUGUUCUUCGACGCAUAAAUAUACUUGAAGCGUUCAUUUGGAAUGAAACUCGACCAUACUGGCGCAGUGGUCCAUGGAAUGGUGCGAUCUUUACAGGGAUACCCAUGUCAUCGUUUCUUUAUUCUUUCAAAGCUGGGGAUGAUGAGGAAGGAAAUACAUAUUUCUAUUACACAAUACCAAGUCCGCUAAAGAUUUUUAUCUAUGUGUUAAAUUCGCGAGGCCAAUAUGAAGAACUAUCGUGGAAUGAUAAGAAGGAAGAAAUGGAAAUUUCGUGGACUAGUCAUGAAUCGGAUUGUGAUGUUUAUGGAAUAUGUGGGCCAUUCUCUAUUUGUAAUGCAACAAACUCACCAAUUUGCAGUUGUUUGAAAGGGUUUGAGCCGAUGAACAAAAAAGAAUGGAAUAGACAAAACUGGUCAAGUGGAUGUGUUAGAAGCACACCUUUGCGUUGCGAAAGGGUCAAUCAAAACGUAAGUGCAAAGGAAGAUGGCUUUUCGCAACUGCAAAUGGUUAAAGUUCCUGAUUUUCCAGAAGGGUCUCCUGUUGACACUGAAUGCAGAAGCCAAUGCUUGGAGAAUUGCUCUUGUGUUGCAUAUUCUUAUGAUAUUGGAAUUGGUUGCAUGUCUUGGACUGGGAAUCUCGUAGACAUACAACAAUUCUCAGAGGGAGGACUUGAGUUAUAUGUUCGUGUAGCCGAUUCUGAUCUUGAAUCUGAUCUUGAACAUGAUAAAGGGACACACACAGCAAUCAUCGUUGGAGUUACAGUGACAGUAGUAACAGUCAUCAUAGUUACUUGUGCGUAUGUCAUGUGGAGGACUUCCAAUCACCCAGCUAAAAUAUGGCACUCAAUCAGAUCAGCAAGGAAUAGGAACAUCAAUGAUUUCCAACGAUUGAAAAAAGUUGAAACACUAGAACAUCCAAGCCACAAAGUAAUUGAAGAACUGUCACAAGUUAAACUCCAGGAGCUGUUACUGUUUGAUUUUGAAAGGCUUGCAACAGCCACAAACAACUUCCACCUGUCCAACAAACUUGGGCAGGGUGGUUUUGGUCCUGUGUACAAGGGGAAACUGCAAGAUGGUAAGGAAGUAGCAGUUAAAAGACUUUCUAGAGCAUCUGGACAAGGUCAAGAAGAAUUCAUGAAUGAAGUAGUGGUCAUUUCCAAGCUUCAACACCGUAAUCUUGUAAGACUUUUUGGCUGUUGCAUUGAAGGUGACGAAAAGAUGUUGAUCUAUGAAUACUUGCCAAAUAAAAGCUUGGAUGUAUUAAUCUUUGAUCCAUCAAAAAGUAAACUCCUAGAUUGGAGGAAGCGCUGUGGCAUAAUAGAAGGAAUAGCUCGAGGAUUGCUUUAUCUUCACAGGGACUCCAGACUAAGAAUCAUACAUAGAGAUUUGAAGACAAGUAAUAUCUUGUUAGAUGAAGAGCUAAAUCCAAAAAUAUCAGACUUUGGUAUGGCUAGAAUCUUUGGAGGGAGUGAAGAUCAGGCCAAUACUAACAGAGUUGUUGGAACAUAUGGCUAUAUGUCCCCUGAAUAUGCAAUGCAAGGACUGUUUUCAGAGAAAUCAGAUGUCUUUAGCUUUGGUGUUUUGGCACUAGAGAUUCUAAGUGGAAGAAGAAAUUCAAGCUUUUAUGAUGAUGAACAUGUUCUUAGCCUCUUGGGAUUUGCUUGGAUACAAUGGAAGGAAGACAACAUAUCUUCUUUAAUAGAUCCAGAAGUAUAUGAUCCUAGUCACCAUAAAGAUAUUUUAAGGUGCAUUCACAUAGCUCUUCUGUGUGUACAAGAACUUGCUAUAGACCGACCCUCUAUGGCUGCAGUAAUUUCUAUGCUUAACAGUGAGGUUGCGUUUCUUCCUCCUCCAAGUCAACCUGCAUUCAUCUUGAGGCAAAAUCUGCUGAAUUCGGAGUCAUCUAAAGGAAGUCAUAGAUUUUCCUCCACCAACACUGCUAGCAUUACAACUAUCUCUGGAAGAUAGAAAAUAAGAGCUCUAAGAAAGGUGAAUCAAGAACAGUCACAAGCAAUUGCCCCGCAAUGAGAAAAGAACCCAGCAUUGGGAUUGGUUCCAAGAAACUGAAUUGAGUUCUCUUCGAUGGGUGUUCAGUGCUGAUUGCUGACAAUAUAAGUUGGUGUUUUGUCCCAUUUUGAAGAUGUUUUUGCCAUUUUCUUGUUUUGCCUCCCUAAUAAUUAUAAACAUUUACUUUAUGAAUUAACCUGAACUUAUA